AUGGGCAUCAAGAGACGCGGCAAUGCCCAGUGCAAAAAGGCCGUGCUUGAGAUUGCAGAAAGGCACGAGAAGUGUGAUGAACAGCAGCCGGCUUGUGGAAGAUGUGAGAAGCGUGGUGUGGAAUGCCAAUAUCCAGAGCGAAAAUGGAAAUCGUUCCGGCGUGGAUCGCCGACAACACAUGAGGCCAAUUUCCCAAGCGACCAGUCUUGGGUGAAUAGUAGACCUCGUGCCUUUCGUCAUGUCGGCCAGAACAGCACCUCCACAACACCAAUCUCCAAUGUCUGGGUUCACAGCCCACCGGGUGAGACAUCGAGAACGACGGGUGUAAAUACUACUGCUGGCUUUGCAAAUGAGGCGGACUAUGAACAUUCCGUAAGGGGUCUCCAAGCGCAGAAUGAUGCCAGGCUGCUGGGAACAUCCCCGGCUGGAGACGAACGGUUCUUUAUUGCUGGGAAAGAUCUCCUCAACGCGUCCACCCCAGGGUCUUCCAGCCAGGUCGCCAACUACAACUCUCCAUACGAUGGCUCUUCAACGCAGAUGUCACAGUACGGCCCAAGCCCUGACUAUCAUACUCCUUCACAUUCGACCGUUCCGUCCGCGAGUUCGCCUGGAGUCUUCCGAUCCCCCGCUGCAUCGGCCCCGAAUCAACCUGAAUACACGCAAGAAUCGCCUCGUGAUUCGUAUGGUACCGUGCAGGAGCAAUCAGCAAAGCGGAGCAAGCAUUUUUCGAAGAGUAAUUAUCCUCUUGAUGACGUGCAAGAAGCCUGUCUCUUGCGCCACUUUGUGGAAGUGAUUGCUCACUGGUUUGAUCACUGCGAUAGCCAACGCCACUUUCACACCAUCGUCCCCAGACGGGCGCGUCACUGCGAGCCACUGCUGAAUGCAAUCUUCGCAGUCGCAGCCAGGCACCUGGUGCGAGUUCCUCGGUACAGGACUGGACCGGGGGGCACAAUCGAAUACCUUGGCCAGCCCCUCCCAAAUCUGACAGCUCACACUGCGUUUGAGUACAUGCUUCGGUGCAUUCCUGCACUACACGAUGUUCCUCAGAUCCAGGAUGAGGAGUACCGCGAGAACCUAGCGGCCGCGGCUGUAAUUCUUCGCCAGUUCGAGGAAAUGGACCAGGAUCAAGACAGCGGGGAGAAGGACACGGCCAGACCCAGUGCGCCCGGUGAUACCGUUUCUUCCGCGCAUUUGGAAACGAGAGAGUCAUCUCACAGCUCUGACCACGGCGUCAACUUCCUAGACAUAGCGAAGGCCAUUCUUCGUACCACGACCACGAGUGGGUCCAAUGGCCUCACAGAUGCCGCGGGAUGGCUGGCAUUACGACAGGAAAUCUAUUACGCCUUCUCCCUUGGGCGGUCUCCUCAAAUCAGUCUACCCCGGGAGCAGGAGCGGGAAGCGUCACCUGUCAACAAGCUCAUCCUGCAUACAUACCAGGUGGCCAAGUGGAACUACGGCGACAAGACUGUCCAAGAAUGGGACAGGCUCAAGGCCCAGGAAGAGACACUGGAGACGGACUGCUGCAGCCAAUUCACCCCAGUGAUUAAGCGCGAGGCCGACAAGUCAAGGGGCGAGGUAUUUCCACUAGUCUGGUAUGCUUCUGACGCCGAAGUCACGGCGACUCAGCACUUCAUCCUGGCCAAGACAGUCCUGACAGCCGAGAACCCAAGCCUCAAUCCCGACCGCGGGGUGUCCCGAGAAGCCGAGCACCAGGUCAGGUCCCACAUCCUCCAGCUGUGUGGCCUAGCGAUGCAUCACCUCGGGUCGACUCCCAAUCUCGUGACUGCCGCAGCCGGCAUCACGCUGUAUGGGGACUACUUCCAGGACCCGUGGGAGCGUGCGGCGCUGCUGCGUGUGCUCGACGAGUGGAAGGGCAAGCACGCUUGGCCCGUGAGGAAGGCAUAUCAAAUGAUGGGGGUGCAGGUGGCACCGUAA